UGAUUUUUUAAAAAUGCCUAAUUGUGAUUAUGUACCUUCUAUCUAUAAGGGUACAAAUUAUGAAUUUAUUAAAAGAGCAUACGAAUUAAUUAUAUCUCCUUCUUUGAAGCAAUUUUACAAAGAACCACUAUUAAUACAUGAAGGUCGAGGGCAAUGGUUAUGGGAUCAUCGCGGGAAACGAUAUUUGGAUAUGUUUGGUGGAGUUGCUACUAUUUCUGUUGGUCAUUCUCAUCCAAAAAUAAUAACUGCUAUAUCUAAACAAGCAUCGAAAUUAAACCAUGUAUCUUCCGCUUAUAUGCAUCCUUAUUUAUAUGAAUAUGUAAACAAGUUAAUGAAUAAAUUUUCAAAUAAAUUAAGAGUUGUAUAUCUAACAAAUAGUGGUUCAGAAGCAAAUGAAUUAGCGUUCCUAAUGGCUAGACUUUAUACACGUAAUCAUAAUAUUAUUUCAUUAAAAAACAGUUAUCAUGGUACAACUUAUGGAACAUCAGCAUCUACAGCGAUGAGUACAUGGAAAUAUCCAUUUAUUGUACAACCACCUGGUUAUAUACACAUGAUAUAUCCAGAUAUAUAUAGAGGUAAUUGGGGUGGAUCAAAAUGUAGAGAUUCGCUUAUACAAGUGACAGGAAGAAAAUGUGAUUGUAAAGAUAAAGAAUGUAUAGCUUCUGAAAAAUAUUUUCAAAAAUUUGAUGAAUCGUUUCGUUUUAGCUUGCCAUGUUCGCAUAAUAUAGCUGCAUUUAUAGCUGAAAGUAUUCAGGGAAUAGGAGGAGCAGUUCAAUAUCCCAAAUAUUUUCUUCAGAAAAUAUAUAAUUAUGUUCAUGAAAAGGGUGGUCUUUGUAUAGCGGAUGAAGUUCAGACUGGUUUUGGUAGAACGGGAGAACAUUUUUGGGGUUUUGAAAGUCACGGUGUAGAACCGGAUAUAGUGACUCUAGCAAAAGGAAUAGGAAAUGGAUUUCCUCUCGGAGCGGUAGUUACAAAUAACAAAAUUGCCAAUAGUUUAAAUUCUGCAUUACAUUUUAAUACAUUCGGAGGAAAUCCACUUGCAUGUGUUGUAGGAUCAACAGUAUUAGAUAUCAUAGAAGAAGAAGGUCUUCAACAAAAUGCACAUAUAGUCGGCACGUAUUUGAUCAAUCGUUUGAGUACUUUUUUAUUAGAAUUUCCCAAUAUUAUUGGUGAUGUUAGAGGAAAAGGAUUAAUGAUCGGAAUUGAAUUAAUUUCAAAUUCCGAGACGAAAAGACCCUUAGAAUCUGAACGCAUACUUGAGAUUUUCGAAAAUAUUAAAAAUAUGGGAAUUCUCGUUGGGAAAGGAGGGUUACAUGCAAAUGUAUUACGAAUAAAACCACCUUUAUGCAUAACAAAAGAGGAUGCAGAUUUUACAUUUGCAGUUAUUAAAAGAGUAUUAGAAAAAUAUAAAAAAAAAUAUAAUUAAAAACAAAAUUAUAAAAUAAUAUGUGAUAUAACUUCUUUUAUUUAAUAUAAUUAUAUAUAUUACAUUUGUACAAUGCAGUUCUUUUUUUUAUGUAAUAUAUCUUAAUUUAUCAAAUUGGUACAGUAUCUUAUAUACAUAGUUAUUCAAAAUAAACAAUGAAAAUUACUAAUUAUAUGUAAUGAAAUAAGGCUAUAUAAUACAUAGCUAUGAUAGAUAUGAUAUUAUACAGAUCAAUUAAAUUUGAAAAAAAUUAAAUUUAAAUUAACAUAAUAACAUACACAAUAAAAAAUGACAAAAAUUUUGAAUAAUGAUAUAAUGACAAAGUAAUACAAAUUUGCAGCUACAAUUAUUAUAUUUUCAGUCUUCCCAAUAACAAAUGCAUAUCAAGUUUAUUUAAUAAUUUGUUAUAUAAUAAUAUAAAUAUUAUAUAAUAUGAAUAUUUUGUUUUUUCUAUAAAAAAUGCAAUUAUGUAAUCUUUUUAUAUUAAUUAAUAUUCUGUAUUUUGUACAUUAUAUUUAAGAUAUUAUAUAGAAGUCAAAUAGCUAAAAUCAUAUAUACUUGGAUUUUUUUUUAAACAAUUUUUAUAUGAUCUUUUUAUAUUUAAUUUACUUUAACACAGUUACAAAAAUAUAUAUUCAUUCACAGAAUAUCAUGAAAAUCAUGUAUAUCCUGUACAAAUAUUUUAAAUCUUUUUUUCAAUACAUUGUAUAGUAUAGCUAUAUUAUUGUGUUUUAUAUAUUCUUUCUUUGCACAUUUUUUUAUACAAUGCAAUUGUAUAAAAUAUAAUCUAAUUAUAUAACAUAUUCAUUAUAAAAGAGAACUUAAAUUUAUAUACAAAAAAAUUUUAUUUUUAUUUAAAUAAAAUAAGUUAUUGUUUUCUAUUUUAAUAUUUCAGAAUCUUCAUGUUUUGCAUAUUUGAUUGACUUUUAAUUUUCCCUCCAGUUAAUCAAUUCUUCCAUGUAAAGUUCAAAUUAACAAAUAUUUUGGAAGACUUAUUAUAAUA